AAAUUACAUCGCAAGAUGUUCUCGAAGCACGUUCUAAGCCACCCAAUUUCAUCCAGUUGCACGCUGAACUCGCGUCACGUCGCUCAGCCCGCGUCCUCUCAGCUUACAUGUGGAGGAACUCCAUGCUACAACAGGAGUGACGGUGAACCAGACUUUGGGUAUUUACUCAUAACGGCACCAGACAUCACCCGCUCAAAGAGAAAGAUGAGCUCUCUUACUGAAGACCAGGAGUUUGAUUUUGAUUUUCUCUUUGAAUACAAUCAGGAACCCGACUCUUCCAGUAACAAAGAAGCCUUCGGCUAUACAAGUUCCAACAUCAGCAUCUCCUUACCUCUGGGGAAUCCCUGUCUGGUCACACCCUACAACAACAUACAGUCCAGUCCUGUGAUUUCUGUAUCUUCCGGUCAUCAGGCGAUGUAUGGCGGCCAUGUGGACAGCCUAACCUCGAGCUACUGUCUCCCACCUAUUCGGCCGAAUGGUGCUCCAGCCUUGGAAAGCCCCAGGAUUGAAAUAACCCCAUACCCAAUCGGGCUACACAGCCAAUACAAUCAAGAGGACGAGACCGAAGAAAGCAUCCCAAGUGCUAAGAGAGCAAACUCGAUUGUCACUCUGUCGUUACCGAAUGCCGACAACUACAGGGAUCCCAGCUGCCUCAGUCCAGCAAGCAGUUUAUCUUCUAGAAGCUGCAAUUCCGAAGCUUCUUCUUAUGAGUCGGGCUACUCCUAUAAUUAUGACACUCCCCCCCAGAAUUCACCUUGGCAGUCUCCUUGUGUUUCACCUAAGGGCACUGCACAAGAUGGACUGCCGGCAUGCACGCUUAUGAACUCUCCAAGACACUCUCCGUCUACGUCUCCCAGAACCAGCGUCACGGAUGAGACCUGGUUCACCACACGCAACUCACGUCCUUCUUCGCCUUGUGGGGGGAAGAGAAAGUACAGUUUCAACGGCAUCUCCCACAGGCACCAGUCAUAUUCUCCUCAGCACUCUCCGACACCCUCGCCUCAGACCUCUCCCAGGGUCAGUGUGACAGAUGAGACUUGGUCUGUCACCACCAAUCAGUACACCAAUUCUGCCAUUGUGGCAGCCAUCAAUGCCCUCUCCACUGACAGCAACGUUGAUUUGAAUGAUGGCAUCCCAAUGAAGUCUAGGAAGACGCACAAUGACCAUAGCCCCACUAUGAGCUUAAAAGUGGAACCAGGUGGAGAUGAUGGCACCACGAUUCCUUCUCCCUUGGACUUGGGAGUUGAAGAAUUCCAAAAUUCUCGAAUGCCCUUCAAGAAAGAGCAUUUCUGUGGGGAGUUUUUGUCGGUGCCACAGAAUCCCUAUACGUGGUCAAAGCCAAAGCCAUAUAUCAGCCCCUCUUUGCCUGCACUUGACUGGCAGCUGCCAUCUUGCUCAGGACCUUAUGAACUGCAAAUUGAAGUGCAGCCCAAAUCUCAUCACCGGGCUCAUUAUGAGACGGAAGGAAGCAGAGGAGCGGUAAAGGCGUCUGCUGGAGGACAUCCUGUUGUGCAGCUUCACGGUUAUAUGGAAAACGAGCCACUCACCCUCCAGCUGUUCAUCGGGACAGCAGACGACCGCCUGUUGAGACCACAUGCCUUCUACCAGGUCCAUCGCAUCACCGGCAAGACCGUGUCGACAGCCAGCCAUGAAGUGAUGCUCUCUAACACCAAGGUGCUGGAAAUCCCGCUGUUGCCUGAAAACAACAUGAGAGCCAUAAUCGAUUGUGCCGGAAUCCUGAAGCUGCGAAACUCUGAUAUCGAGCUCCGCAAAGGGGAGACGGACAUUGGUCGCAAAAACACUCGGGUGCGAAUGGUCUUCCGGGUGCACAUAAGUCAACCUAAUGGCCGAACCAUCUCUCUGCAGGCAGCUUCCAACCCCAUCGAGUGUUCCCAGAGAUCGGCCCAAGAGCUUCCACUGGUGGAGAAACAGACUCUGGACAGCUUUGCAGUCACUGGAGGAAAGAAGAUGGUUCUGAAUGGACACAACUUCCUUUCUGACUCCAAAGUGAUCUUUGUGGAGAAGGCCCCAGAUGGCCACCAUGUAUGGGAGAUGGAGGGAAAAGUCGAUAAGGACGCCUUUAAGCCAACCCAGCUUCUGGUUGAGAUCCCACCCUACCGAAAUCAGAGGAUAAGCAGUCCGGUCCAAGUGCAUUUUUACGUCUGCAACGGGAAGCGGAAGAGAAGCCAAUACCAGCGAUUCACGUAUCUUCCAACCAAUGUUCCAAUAAUAAAAACGGAGCCGACAGACGAUUAUGAACUCUCCCCAAUCUGUGGACCGGUGGCUCCUGGACUAAGCACUGUAUCUAAAUCUUUCUACAACCAGCAAGUUCUGACCACCCUGAUGCCUUCAGAUCCUAGCACUUGCUUCAUGGGAAGUUUUUCAUCCUGCCACCAGAGAAACACUGUGAUGCUGUCAGGUUCCCCCACUUUGAACUCUAACUCCAAGCUGAACGAGCUCUCCUCUUCCGCCUACAGCAAAUGCCUUAGCAGCAUUGGGCACAAUCAGCUUGCUGGCGUCCAGCAGCCCAGUGCUGGUGUUCCUAUUAUCCAGGAGGUGCCUUCAAGAGCCAUAGAUGUGCCCUCGAGCUCCCCUGAUCAGUCCUCUCUCAUCAUGCUGCAGCCUCAGGAGGCACCCUACGGUCAGGCCUACAGCCCGUCCCAUUCCUCAUCAUCCAUGACCCAAGGGCAGCAGCACCAGAAGACUCCACAAAACAGUCCUCCCACAAAUCAUCUUGGUUCACUGCCUGGCUUAGAGGAAGAAAACAGUGAGACCUCAUUGCCAGUUACAGUCAAGCGAGAGCCAGAAGAGCUGGACCAGAUGUACUUAGAUGACGUAAAUGAAAUCAUAAGGAACGAUCUUUCAAGCACCUCCAUUCACAGCCAUGCAUAAAGUUUCAAGCUAUCCCAGGAAUUACUGAAAUCAUCCUGGAAAAGGAAAAAAAGAAAUCUCCAAAGCACAGUGACUUAUUAAAACACAUGAAAUAUGCAACCAAGGAAAACAAUCAUACACGUGUAACUGCAGGAAUCGUAUGUAAUCUCAUUUAAAUGACUAACUGAUCUUCCAGCCUUGUUGAAUGUCUUAAGAAAAAAAGCCUUACCUCUGUCAGCAACAGUACACAAAGAACCUGAUGGCCUUAAACAAAGACAUGGACUAACUCCUUGAUAGGAUUAUUUUUAUUGUUGUUGUUUUGUUGUAUUUUUUUAAAUAAAAAUCAAUUUACGAAAAAAAAA